AUUCUAUCUUGAUUUACCUCUUUUAUAAUCUUUUCUAUGCCAGAUAUGGUUCAUUUGAGAAUUAAAGCAGAAAGAGAGAGAGAGAAAGCAUAUUUAAAUAACAAUUUAUAUUGAGUUUUGUUGGUUGCAAAGUUUAUUAAGAAGACUAUAAAAGACUACAAAGGUGAGCCUGCAGAUAUCUAUAUUAUUAAAUUUUCAACUAUAAUGACAAGCAAAUCAAAAGUUUUAACUACUUUCGUCCGCAACUAUUCAGCACCGAAACAUUGGAUUUCGGAUGCAGUAAAAUAUGAAAAAAUCACAUAUUAUCCAAGAUCCCCAAAUCAUAAAGAUCCUCCAAUUGUACCAUCCAAGCUUUUAAUGGUUACAUUAGUAAAACCUUUUGCCGGCAAUCCUUAUUGGGAAAAAAAUAUACUUAAACAAUUGGGUAUUGCAGAGAAAGGAAGGGAUCCUGUGGUAGUUAAAAAUAUUCCAGAGGUAUGCGCAAUGUUGUGGAAAGUAAAACAUCUUGUCAAAAUUAUUCCUAUUAAAUUACCGGACAAGCUGCCUAACACAGAUGAUUUUGGUGGAAGUUAUCUGCAUGAAAAUGGAACCUUCUAUGUUGUUCCCAAAAUAGAUCCAUUGCGUAUGGCGAGCACAGAAAAAUUCGAAAAUGAUCCAAAAAAAUUGGAAGGCUCGACAAUAAUAGAAACGUUAAGAUUACAAUGGUUAAAUGGUACUUUACCUUAAUAUAAUAACAAACAUAGAGAGAUUUGUAAUUUCUAUUAACAGUUCUGUAAAUGGUACAUUAGGACCCUAUAGAAAUAAAGGAUGCGUGCCGCUUUAGAUCAGUCGUGCGGUCCUAUACUGUGAUAUUACAUACGUUAAAACUAAUUAUAGAAAAGGAAGAAGAAACAAAAAUGAUAUUAAGAAAA